CCUUAAGGACUUUUUACUAGUACAACGACAAUAUGCCCGGCUUCGACUCUUCAGACUUCCUCGACGGUGGUGUGAUCAUCUCUCCUCCCGCCGAUGAGCACCAGUUCGGCACCGGUGACGACAAUGUCGUCGAGGUUCCCGCCUCUCGUUCUUCCUUGGCCGACUCUACCUCGAGAAUGCACUCCCUCUCCAUCUCUCCCUCCUUCCGUGACCGCAGGCGGUCCAGGAACUCAUUCGGAGCUUCUCUUCCUAUCCCCCGUCGUUCCAUCGACCCCUCGAACAAGCAGGCCCUCUCUCACCGCGACUCAUUGGCAGCUCAGGUCCAGAGCUUGGCACAGCAGAGGAAGGACGACCAGGCCCGUGAUGAGAAGAUGGAGAAGUUGAAGAACAUGGCUUUCGUCUUCGAUAUCGAUGGUGUGCUCGUCCACGGUGACCGAUUCAUCCCCGAGGGACGCAAGGUCCUUCGUAUUUUGAACGGUGAGAAUGAGUUGGGUGUCAAGAUCCCCCACGUUUUCGUUACCAACGGAUCUGGAAAGCCUGAGGAUGCUCGUUGUGAGCAGCUUUCCAACAUCCUCGAGGCGCCUAUCUCUACCCACCAGUUCAUCCAGGCCCAUACCCCCAUGAGGGCUUUGGCCGAGUUCUACAACACCGUCUUGGUCGUUGGUGGUGAGGGUUAUCGCUGCCGUGAAGUCGCCGAGCUCUACGGCUUCAAGGACAUCGUCGUCCCCAACGACAUCGUCGCCUGGGACCCCACGCUCGCUCCCUUCCGCGUCUUUACUGACGAAGAGCGCAAGACUUCCCGUCCCCGUGACUUCUCCAAGAUCAACAUCGAGGCAAUCAUGGUCUUCUCCGACUCCCGCGACUACGCAACUGACCUCCAAAUCAUCAUGGACCUCCUCCAGUCCGAGAACGGUCGUUUGGGAACGAUGGCCAAGGACCCCGUUUCCUCCCGUAUCCCGAUUUACUUCUCACACGGAGACUUGCUCUGUCCCUCUGAGCACUGGAAACCCCGUAUGUCCCAGGGAACUUUCCGUCUCGCCCUCGAAGCGAUGUACCACGCCAUCACCGGCGUCGAACUCGAGCGUGUCAUCUACGGCAAGCCCGAAGCCGCCACUUACAAAUUCGCUGACACCGUCCUUCAAGAGUGGCUCGAGGAGAUCCACGGCGAGUACCGUCUCCCCGAGAACGUCUACAUGAUCGGUGAUAACCCUCAAUCCGAUAUCUGUGGUGCGAACGGAUACGGGUGGAACUCGUGUUUGGUCAAGACGGGUGUUCACCAGGGUGAUGACAACGAUAAGGAGAACCCUGCUUCUGAGGGUGUCUUUGAGAAUGUGUUCUUUGCUGUUAAGCAUGCGCUUGAGAAGCAGCUUGGAAAGGGUUUCGGAUUGAGUGCUAUUGAGGGAUAA